GAGAGAAAAACGUAACGAUUCAAGAUGGCGGAGGACCUGGACGAGCUCUUGGAUGAGGUCGAGUCCAAGUUUUGCAGACCAGACCCACUGAGCCUGAGCAUGAUCGAGCGGCCCAGAGGCUGCGGCGGCGGCAUCCUCAGCAACGACCGGAACCGAGCGAAGGCGAAAGAUAAUCUCAGAUCAGCAGAAACAUUUAAAAAAGAAGAUGAUCUUGACAGUCUUAUUAAUGAAAUAUUUGAAGAGCCCAACUUUGAUAAAAAACCCUUUAAAUUAAAAUCUAAAUCUUCAGGUAACACAUCUGUCAGAGCUUCCAUUCAAGGCCUUGGUAAAAGUUGCAGCCCAGUGUACCUCGGUGGCAGCACUGCUCCAUGUGGGAUUGGAACAACUACUUCACAGAGAGCAUGUGACCAUCUGCGUUGUACAGCAUGUGAUUUCUGGGUAGUAAGCUACGAUGACUAUAUGUGGGACAAAACAUGCGAUUAUCUGUUUUUCAGGAACAACAUGCCAGAAUUCCACAAAUUAAAAACAAAGUUGGUGAAGAAGAAAGGAACACGAGCAUAUGCCUGCCAGUGUAGCUGGAGAACUAUUGAAGAACUGACUGACCUUCAGACUGAUCAUCAGCUACGUUGGGUUUGCGGCAAACAUUAAGAAUGCAGACUUUUCACAUUCAGACAGAUGCAUCCAUGAGAGUAGUCUCCAUUAAUCAUAAUAUUUAGGAAAAGGUACAUAGCAGUAUCAUGACCUUUGGAAAAAGACAGCAAAUUUCAUUUCAUGACUAUACCAAUUUUUGAAGACCAAAUGGACCUGAGAAGAUAACGCGCUUUAACAUUUUGGAAUUAUUCCUUUUUGAUAUAUAGACAUUUCCCUUUGUAAGGUAACAAGUUAUCCAGAUUCAUCUUUACCAGCCCAUCUCCUGUUGAUUAGAAGUUUGAGUAUGAUGUUUCAUAGAAACAUAUAGCCAUUCGUUAGCAACUGCAGUAUUACUGACUGCUAAUAUACUUUACAUAAGCAUUCUUCAUUUAUAGCUUUUAAAGGGGAUAAACCUGGCCAGUCAGAGAGGUCUUUGAGGGGUGUAUACAUCACCUCCUCCAGUCAGAGCUGUUGUUGCCAAAUAUCAUAAUUUAAACAUGGUAGAAACCAUAUAAGCAGUGACUAACUGAAGAGUUUUCAGGAGUAUAGGUAUAUUGCAAAUGACAACACUGCCUGUAUCUGGUCUUACCUCACCACCUUAAAGCGAUAUUAUGUACAAUAAUGAUAAAUACAUAUUGCAAGUUUUAGCUUAUUUCUGCUUUUGUUCAUUUAGAUAUCAAAAGUUACCCAGUUUGCAAUUUUAGCAAAUAUUCAUUUAUAUAUAAAAAAUUUUUGAUGCACCUAGGAACAAUCCUAAUACAGAUAGGUAAUUAUUAGAUGUUCCAGUACUUUCUGGCCUUUAAGACCUAAAACUCCAGUCAAGUAUCAUGAACAACAAGUAAGAUAUUUUCUCAGGCAGCCUAUUGAUUUUUCUGGUAGGAUCAGAUCAACAUAUUAUAUGAGUGCAUGAAAAAAGAAAUAAAGCAAAGCUGAGCCAACCUGUUGAGCUCCUUGACAUCACUGAGACUUGAGAAGCCCUAUAAUAACAGCACAUUCAGGAAAUCAGUUACUUCAACAUUACCAGCUCACAGCCACCAUCGAGAGAUUCUGGGUUCUUUUCCAACUGCCAAAAGCUCUUCACCGUAUGUGUCUAGUAUGUAGUUCAGAUGUGUGACAUAAGGCAUGCUGAAAAGGAGUAAUCGAAGCAAAGUUAAGAUCUGCUUAGUCUCUUGCUGAAUUCAUUGCAUCCACCCUACUUAAGCAGAGAAAAAAAACCUGGUCAUUAAAAUCCUUUUCCUAGCCAUGACACAUUUGCACAUAUGUAAAACUGACUUUGGUAAGUCUGGCAUUGCAACAGAACAAAUCUCCUAGUGGCAGAUGCUCACAUUUUUUGUAUUAAGAAUAUGUUUACAGAUUUUAUCUUUCAAUAAAAAUGUUUUAGCCCCUAAAAUUUUAUCUCAGUGUAGUUGUAUCCAGAAACAUAGGUGGAUUUGGAUUAAAGUCACCUAUUACAAAAAGUAGUACAGCAACAAGAUCCACACAUUCAGAACUUGGCACAUUAGUCAUAAUGGUGAUGUUUUCUUUUUAUUCUUAUAAAUUUACUAAAUCAUUAAUUUGAAAAAAUUUUUUUUUUCAUUCAUCAUAGCUACCUAAAACUUGGAUACAUUGCCAAUGUUUGGCAUUCCAUAACAGUAAUUAUAAUAAUUCCCCAAUGUCAGAAUGUUUGUAUGAGUUCACAUUUUUGUUGGCAAUUUACUUUAUAAGCUUUCUAAUAUUGUACAAUUUUUAAUCUAAAAUAUAGAAUAAAUAUCAUGUUUAUAUCCAAAUGGAUUAUUAUCAGUUAUAAUUUAAGCCAAAAUGCAACUAUUUUAGUAUUAGUGCAGAAGAAAAGCAGUUUCUAAUAAACUAUAAUUUUAAAGUAUAAAAUCUAAAAUUUUCAAGAUGUUUUAUCUAUUUGUUUUUAACAUUUAUAAUAAUUUUCUACUUUUAGCACUACCUGUUUUUUGCCAAGCUAGAUAACUGCUUUAUUUGAACUGUAUUAUACUUUCCAACCCUUAUCCUACUUAGAAAUGAAUAACUAAUAGCUUUACUCUGUAUUUAGUUACUUUUAUUGUAUAGUAAAAUAUUCAUAUUGGGA